UCCACCGGAAACUUCCCCCUGCUGUCCCCAGGUGCUUCCUGGACAGGGUCCACAUGGACCUGCCUCCCACCCGCACCCAGACCCUUUAACUGCACCCUCCCGUCCCAUAUCCCACGCGUACCCAGGGCACCCUACUCCAGUCUUCAGACCCCCCUCCCUUCCCUGAAGAGCAGCCACAGCACGCCCCGCCCUGCGCCUCAGGGGCAAGCAGCCGGCUCCACCCCGGGAGGCAGAGCCCCAAGCGGGCAGGCGCGAGUUGCUAUAAAGUGGCAGGCGCUCUGCAGGCUGCACGCCCAACCUCCCGAGGUGCAGCCCCAGCCGCUGCUUGACUGCUGUCCCCCACCCCGCAAAGCGAGGAUUCGGCGGCGGCCAGGGUCGCCCUGACAACCAGCAGCGCAGCCAAUCAGCACAGCCGGAGCCCUGGCUGCCAGAAGAGCACUGAUCGUCCUGGCCCACGCAGAGAGGACGUCCUUCAACCAUGCCAUGAAGGAGGCUGCUGUAGAGGCCUUGAAGAGGAAAGGAUGGGAGGUCACUGUGUCAGACCUGUAUGCCAUGAACUUCAAUCCCGUCAUCUCCAGAAGGGACAUCACAGGUCCACUGAAGGACCCCGAGAACUUUCAGUAUCCUGCCGAGUCUGCUCUAGCUUAUAAAGAAGGCCGCCUGAGCCCCGAUAUUGUGGCGGAACAAAAGAAGCUGGAAGCUGCAGACCUUGUGAUUUUUCAGUUCCCGCUGCAGUGGUUCGGAGUCCCCGCCAUCCUGAAAGGCUGGUUUGAACGAGUGCUCAUAGGGGGGUUCGCGUACACGUAUGCUGCCAUGUAUGACAAUGGACCUUUCCGGAAUAAGAAGACCGUGCUUUCCAUCACCACUGGUGGCAGCGGCUCCAUGUACUCUCUGCAGGGUAUCCACGGAGACAUGAAUAUCAUCCUCUGGCCAAUUCAGAGCGGCACUCUGCAUUUCUGUGGCUUCCAAGUCCUGGAACCUCAGCUGACAUACAGCAUUGGGCGCACUCCUACGGACGCGCGAAUUCAGAUCCUGGACGGAUGGAAGAAACGCCUGGAAAAUAUCUGGGAUGAGACGCCACUGUAUUUUGCUCCAAGUAGCCUCUUUGACUUAAACUUCCAGGCAGGGUUCUUAAUGAAAAAGGAAGUGCAGGAUGAGCAGAAAAACGAAAAAUUUGGCCUCUCUGUGGGCCAUCAUUUGGGCAAGUCCAUCCCGACUGACAACCAGAUCAAAGCCAGAAAAUGAGAUUCACAACACUAGAUUCCUUUCAAAAAUGUAGCCAAAUCUAGGUUUCUUUUUCAGGCUUGCUUGACUGGCUUCAGUUUUUAAGAUUUUUGUGUGUUUUUACUUCUUUCCACAGGGAAUGAGUAGGAGACAGAAUUGACUGUAUUCAUACAUUUUUGGAUAGUUUUAUUCAAUGUAACUGAUUCUUCUGAUUGCUAUCAUGGCCAAACCUGAUUAGUCUCAAGAGGCCACUGAGGAUACAAAGCAGGGAAAGAUGGAGAAAGAUGCGAGGCAAUAUUCUUUAAGGUCCUCUACACAACUGAAUUCCUCUUUUUAGGGAUCCAUUUUUAGGGCUAAAUCUGGCUGGAGAGUAUCCAACUCCUCAAUGAUACAUUUUUCUUUUAAUUGCCCUCUCUGUGGUUUAUGACAAAAGGGAAUUAAUUGCUCUGAGAAAGAAAUGACUGAAUCUGACACAAGGGACUUGUUUAGUAGUUACUAAUCUGUGCUUGUUUAUGGCACAGGAUGAUACUGGUUUUGAUUACUACGCAGUGACUAAUAUGCCUAAUGUGUGUGUUACUCUUGCUUCGCCUGUUGUUCUUUAUACACAGCACACACCGAUACCUUCCGAUGAAAAGACAGUAAAACUCUCUUCUUUACCUCAAUCUUUUAAUUUCAUGUCUGCAGGAAAAUAAACCAACAUAUCUAUACGCCACAUCUGCCGCUAUGAAUGAAUUCAAGAAAUAGUUGCUCCCAAUACUUAACAGCAGCCUUCUACAAACACUACUUUGUUUCUGAGCUACAUCACAUUCUGGAAGGGUUUCUUCUCUGUCAUUGUUGACCUGAUGACUUUCCUUUUGGAAGCGUUUGGUUCCACAGUUUUGGGGAUAACACUGUAAUCCUAGAGUUUCAUUAACUUUGAACAAUUUUGGCAUAAUAUUCUAACUUCCCCUUGAAAUGAUUGAAGUGUGACUGACUCACUGGCGGUAUAAUUCAAGUAGAAUAUGAUGAAAGGCCGCCCUCUGGUGGUGCGUUGAAAGGAAACACGAGGGGUUUUGCAAACCAAGGUUGCCUGGAACUGGGAACAGGUCCUGUACCUGCCAAGGAAACGAGGGCGGCAGGCCGGAGACCCUCCUGUGCCAGAUGCUGACAGGCAAUUGGGUAAUUCCGCCCCCCCUCCCCCCGCCACAAUAUACUUAAUGGCAGAUGGCUGGGUGCUUCAGCUUGAAAAUAUCUUGUUGCCUUCCUGCUCGCUGCAAUUUUGUGUAAAUUUCUGAAAGUUCCAGAUGAAAUCAAUAAAACCCAUUUGUACAAAGAUCCAGGCUUAUUGGUUUCAGCGAAGCUAGUGAUGGAGGUGAGGCAUACAGGCAAAGUGGAAUCGAUGACUUGGGAAGAUGGGAUCAGAGCCUGCGAUAAUAAAUUCAGGCCAGGAGCCUCGAACGAGAGCUCUCCCAACAGGGCUGCUUCAUACUGAACGGUAAUGGAACAACAUAUUGAGAUCAUCUCAGGGAACCGAAGGGAUAUUUAAAGAGACCCAGAAAAGAAUGUUACAGAAGCCAAGAAAAACCUAGAAUUCAGUAAACAAAUGCCAAAGGGCAGUAUUUAUUGUGAUUUGCCUGAUUUGUUGAUUUACCCAAAGGCCCAGAUACUCUUCUAGGCACGGGGAACAGAGCAAUGAACAAAACCAAGCACCUCAUGGAGUUUGCAUUCAAGGGAAGAAUGACAGAACAGUCACGUCGGGUGGUGAUAAAUGCUAGGAAGAAAGAGCAGGGUAAGAGAGAGACAGGAUAUGGGGAGUUUUGUUUUACACUGGCCGAUCAAGAAAGACCUCCCCAGUAAGGCUACAUUUGAGCAAAGACCUGAUAAAGCGAGAGAGAUGUAGAUGCCUGAAGGGAGGCACUCCGGACAGAAGUGACGUCAGAGUGCAAAUCCCUGAGGCAGGAACACGCAUAAUGGGAAAAGCGAGGACUUUAGUGGCUACAGCAGAGCAGGGGAGAGAGGGCUAGGCCAGAGACACAGCUGGGACUGGAGACGGAGCCUCGUAAGUGCUGUAAGAAUAUAAAGAUAGGAAGUCAUGAAGAGUUUUGGGCUGAGGUAUAGCAUAAUCUGACUCCUGUUUGGCUGGUAGGUGAGGAGCCAAGCGUAAGGCAAUGAUGGAAGCAUGGAGAAUUGUGGCACGAUGUGACAAGCUAGUCAAUAAGUGCUUUGGACCAGGGUGACAGCAAUAGAGGUGUGGAGAAGUGCAUGUAUUUAUUCAUUUUUAAAAGAGAUUUUAAGUAGUCUCCAAACCCAACAUAGGGCUCGAACUCACAACCCCAUGAUCAAGAGUUGCAUGCUCUACCGACUGAGUCACGUGUCUCAAGAAGUGAAUGUAUUUACAAGGUUGGAUACAUCCCAUUUGCUAAGGUGGGAAGAAUCUGGAAAGCAUAUUCGGGGAAGAAGCUGGGAUCAGGAAGGGUGGAAUCAAAAUCUGAUUUCAGACAUUUUAUGUUUGAGAGCGAUGUCUAUUAAGACUGUAAUAGAAGGGUGUCUGGGUGGCUUAUUUGAGCGGCUGACUCUUGAUUUCAGCUCAGGUCAUGGUCCCAGGAUCAUGGGAUUGAGCCCCAUGUCGGGCUUUGUGCUGCGCAUGGAGCCUGCUUGAGAUUCUCUCUGAAAUAAAUUUUUUAAAAAGACCUGGUGUUAGGGGAGACAUGGUAGGAGGUACACAUCUGGAAAUCUUCAACAUAUAGAUAUAUAAAGCAAUGUCACAGAUGACAUUACCUGGGAAAUGAAUUACGAUAGAGAAGAGAUCUGGUAAUUGACUUCUAGUUCUCUCCAGUGUUAGGUCAGGAAGAUGAGAAUGAAAAAUAAGCAGGAGAGCUGAGUGUGGGGUCCUGAAAGCUAAGUGAAGAGAGUGUUUCAAAUACGGAGUGAUCAAGUGUGUCCAAUACUACUAAGCCAAGUAAGCUAGAUCUGAGAAUUGACCUUUGCAUAUAGCCAUGUGGAGGCCACUGGUGACUUUGACAAGAGAUAUUUCAGGAGACUGGUUUGAUGAAAGCCUGAUUGGAAUGGGUUCAAGAGAGAAUGGAAGAAGAGGAAGUGGAAACUGUGUGUGUGUGUGUGUGUGUGUGUGUGUGUAGGGUCGGGGGUGUGUGGUCAAAGAAAGUUAAUUUGAUUUUUUAAGAGAUAAGGGACAUUAUAGCACAUUUACAUGCCAGUAGGAAGGACUCAGAGAGGAAAGGUUUUGAUCCUGGAGAAAGGACAAUUAAAGGAAGAGGUCUUUGAAAAAGCCAAAGCUUAUGGGAUCUAGUACACAAGGGACAGAAGAGCUAAGUAGUGUCAGGACUAGAAAUACUAAAACAAGGUACUUACUGUGUACCAGGAACUAAGCAAUUUUACAUGACUUAAUUUACUUAGUUUUUGCAAUAGCCUUAAGAGGUUUUGCUUUUGUUUCUACUUUAUAAAUAAGGAGAUUGAGAAAUGGAGAGGUUAAAUGGCAUGUGUAGGAACCAGAACUCCACUCAGGUGGGCAAACUCAAGAGCUUAUGCUUUUAUUAAUUUAUUUUUAUUUUAGAGAGAGAGACAGAGAGAGAGAGAGAGAGUGAGCACAAGUGGGGGAGAGGGGCAGAGGGAAAGAAAGAAUCUUAAGCAAGCUUCACGCUCAGAGUGGAGCCUGAUGCGGGGUUCGAUCCCACAACCCUGGGAUCAUGACCUGAGCCAAAAAUCAAAUCAAAGAGUCAGAUGCUCAACCGACUGAGCCACCCAGGUACCCUGAACCCAGGCUUUUAAAAACUGUAUUCUAUUGCCUCCAUAGAAGCAGGGACGAUGGUGCCACGCAAUAGAGCACAGGGGUAGCAAUCAAUACCUCUUCUUGAGAACGAGAUCAUUAAGUGUUGCGGUUGAGAAACUGUAGCUACUUGUAUAUUUCCAGAGUCCCUGUUGUGUCCUGAGCAGGGAUGAAUGAUGUUCCAAUUCUGUUACAGGCCUGAUUACAUGGCUGCUGAGAAUGUGUUUGCUCCUUACAAUAUGAGAGAGUAGUACUCUCACCAGCUCGGAGUAAAGCGGGACAACCACCUCCCUUGCUGUGGACACUGUACCUUGAAUUAUGUAAGCCAGGUUGCAGCCACUUACAGUCCCAUCGUC